UGCUUCUUCGCAACCGCAAACACAAACAAGAAGAGGCUGCACCGACGGUUAUCGAGUGCACAAGCAGAACGCCAAGGUGAUGGACUUUGGGGACAACCCGCCGCCUGCAGACGAUGGCGGGCUGGACAUGGGGGUUGACCUUGAUCUUGAGUUCGACUCCCCGCUUCUCUCGGGGCAAUCGGCUGCCACGAAGCAGCAACAGCAGCAGCAGCAGCCAGAGCAGUGGCCAGCAGGGGGCAACGGGGGCGGCGAUGACCAAGAGGCGAUGACAAUGGAAGGCAAUGAUGCGCUGGAUGCGCUUGGCUGUCGUGCCACGCCUGCUUCCACGACGUCCACUCCGUUUGACACCAUGUCCAUGGCAUCGCUCGGGAGCCUGGCGACAGAAGCCAAUGCCUCCAGCAUGGCGGCGGAAAAGCGGCUGCGCCACCUCAGCAAGAAGAACCGCGAGCUGACCGCGUCCUUCAACGCCGAGAAGGCCAGAAACACACAGCUCACAAAGAAGGUGCUUCAAAAGGAGAUUGGGGAAGAUGUGCCUGUGAGUCGCAUCUUGCAGGGUGAUAGCAACUGGCAAGGUCGCGCGCAGCAGAUCUCUCUUCUCAAGGCGAAGGUGCACGAGCUGCAGUCACAAGUGAAAGGCUCGUCCUCUCGGUCCACCAGCUCUCUCAGCAGUACGCGUUCACACAGGAGCGAUGGUGGUGUGGCAGACAGGGGACGUCUCGCCAUCCAGAGAAUCGAGGAGAAGAAGAAGGCCGACGUUGAUGCGCUGACCACGCAAUUGACCGAAGCCCAGGACAAGUUGAAGCAGAUGAAAGAGAAGUACGAUGCGGGCAAGGCACGUAACCGGAUGCUGGCGCGAGAGGUUAAGGAGCUCAAGCAGCGGCUGGACACAAGCAAACAGGAGGCUCGCAAUGCAAGCAACCGCGCGUCUGAGCUUGAGGAGCAGGUCAAGUCCCUGGAGGACGAAAUACAGCGCUCAAAGUUGAAACCGCGCGAGAAGCGGACGCGUCACGCGGCACAGGCAGACGCAAUGGACACUGAUGCCAUGUUUGCCAUGCAAGAGCUGACGCGCACAUGCCAGGAACAAGCGCAAACCAUCACAUCUCUCCGCGAACAGCUUGCACAGAGAAUAGCCCGUCCCUGCUCGAGCGCGCGCUCCUCCUCCGCCGGCCGUCAGCCGACGAUGAUGGAGCACGUGCGUGCGUCGACGGCGUCGCGAAGUCGUUCGGCGGGACACGCGAGCGGCGCCGAUCAGGGACACAUGCGCGCACUGGAGGUGGAGCGCGACAAGUACAAGGAGCUGUGCGAUGUGUUGACGAAGCAGCUCGGCCAACAGCGGCAGCCCGUGAAUGUGGAGCCGUUGGGCGACGACGUGCACUCGUUAUCUGAGUCAGCACUUUUACAGCUGGUGCAGGACAAGCACGAGGAGGCGGUGGCGCUGCAGCGGCGAUAUGACACACUGGCGCAGGAGCACAGGCAGCAGAUGGCGGUGAUGGCAAGCAUGGUGGACAAGAUGAAGCACAUCUUCUCCGCCGCAGUCAAGAAGGUGUCAUCCAACCCGGCGUAG